CAUCAAAAAUUUGCAUUUCCCGUACAAUCAAACAAAACCUACAUAAUAAAUACCCUCCUUCUUGUUUCCCUCCCUCCCGACACCCUCACCCCUUCACUGCAAAUCCUCCCUCCGCAAAGAGUAAAAAAGAAAAUAACAAAUUUCAUUUCAUGGCUUCCUCCUCUGUUUCACCCUUCAGUGAGACCCAUAGCCAGGACCUGAGCCCUCUUCAGAAGCAUGUGGCUUUCUUCGACAGGAACAAAGACGGGCUUAUCUACCCUUGGGAAACCUUCCAAGGGUUCCGUGCUAUUGGAUCUGGAUUCCUUUUGUCCAUCAUUGCUUCUAUCUUCAUUAAUGUCGCCCUCAGUGGUAAAACUCGUCCUGGAAAAUUUUCUCCCCUCUUCCCAAUCGAGAUAAAGAACAUACAUAUGGCCAAACAUGGGAGUGAUAGUGGUGUCUAUGAUACAGAAGGAAGGUUGGUACCAGCGAAGUUUGAGGAGAUCUUUCAUAAACAUGCCCAUACUGAUCCAAAUGCAUUGACGUCAAAAGAGUUAUCUGAAAUGCUCAAGGGCAACCGGGUUCCUAAAGACUAUGUGGGAAGGCUCGGGGCUUGGACAGAAUGGAAGAUUUUACACUUCAUGUGCAGUGACAAAGAUGGUUUUCUACACAAAGACACCAUUAAAGGUGUUUAUGAUGGAAGCCUCUUUGAAAAGAUGGAGAGGGAGAGAGCAUCAGCCCACAAAGAAACAUAGUUAGACUAAAAUAAUGAGAAUUACAAGAAGCUCUCAUUUAUGCUUAUUUGUAACAUCUCAAUUUAUACAUGUAAAUGAGUUUGUAUGAAAUGAAAGGAGAAAUUAAAAAAGGAAACAUUCUUAUGUUGGAAUUAUUUUUACUUGGAAAGAUGGAAUGGAUAUGUAAAGUAGCUUACUGUA